ACUCCACGACCGUCUUCCUCCACUUUCACUCCAUGAACAAGAUUAGGGUUUCACAGAGGUGAAUUUAGCGUCUAUCGAUUCAAUUGAAGUGUAAAUUUCGGGAAGAAGAUGGAUCAAUCAUUCUUGAUUAUGCUCUCCAACCUACUCCACCUUCAAAACCAACUCGACCCGACCACCUCCCUCCUCUCCGAUUCUUCCACUUCCUCCGCCUCCGCCACCCCUUCCUCCCUCUUAACCUCCACCUCCGCCGCCCCUCUCCUAUUCUUCACCAUCGCCUCCGUCCUCUCCUACAUCUCCACCACCCGCAAACCCGCUUCCUCCCCGUCUCCGCCUCCAUCUCCCUCCACUACCUCCCAAUACUCUGUUGCCGCCUUCCGAGCACUCUCCACCGAACGCAUCUGGGCCAUGGAAGCUCCUCUACGUGACGCACAAUGGCGAUCCCUUUACGGCCUUUCGUACCCCGUCUUCACCACCGUUGUUGACAAACUGAAACCCUACAUCGCACAAUCAAACCUAUCUCUCCCUUCCGACUACGCCGUCGCCAUGGUCCUCUCCCGUCUCUCCCUCGGCCUUUCCGCUAAAACCCUAGCUAAACGUUACUCUCUCGAACCCUACCUCGUUUCCAAAAUCACCAACAUGGUCACUCGCCUCUUGUCCACCAAACUUUACCCUGAGUUCAUCAAGAUCCCCGCCGGUCGCCGCCGUCUCCAGGAAACCACCGCCGCUUUUACCGAAAUCACCUCCCUCCCCAACAUAUGUGGCGCCAUUGAUAACACACACAUCCGCCUCCACAGCCUCCCCUACAACCUCCCUAACCCUAAUAUCUACACUAACUCCCAUGGUUUCCGAUCAGUCCAGCUCCAAGUAGUAGCAGAUCACAAGAAAAUCUUCUGGGAUGUCUGCGUAAAAGCCCCAGGCGCCUUCGACGAUGCCACCCAUUUUCGCGAUAGUUUGCUGUACAACAGGCUGAUUUCUGGUGACAUUGUAUGGGAGAAAGUUGUGAAUGUGAAAGGGCAUCCUGUUAGGCCUUACAUUGUGGGCGAUUGGUGUUAUCCAUUGCUGUCAUUUUUGUUAACUCCAUUCUCGUGGAACCGAACUGGGAAUCCAGCUCAGAACACCUUCGACGAGGGUUUGAUGAAAGGGAGAAAAGUCGUGGAGGAAGCCAUUGGAUUGUUAAAGGGAAGAUGGAGGAUUCUUCAAGAUAUGAAUGUGGGAUUGAACCAUGCACCUCAGACCAUUGUGGCCUGUUGUGUGCUGCAUAACUUGUGUCAGAUUGCAAGAGAGCCGGAGCCGGAGCUGUGGAAGGAGCCUGAGGAGAGUGGCCCUGUGCCAAGGGUGUUGGAAACUGAGAAAUCUUACUAUUAUUUUGGAGAAAGCUUGAGACAGGUGCUGGCUGAUGAUCUUUAUCAGAGACUUUCUUCAAGAUGAAAUGAAUCAAUCUUGAAGGGUUCUUCUGUAAGCUUAUUAUUCUUGCCUUUUUACCCAUAUGUUGUAACUUUGUUAGGAUCAUAACUCUGUUUAGCCUUCUUUUGCUAAUAACUAGUCUGCAAUCCUAUUUAGCCACUAGUUCUGUUUCUUGUAGUUAAGUGAGAUGAACUAACUCAAGGUUCGAAAUUUAAAUGUCAAAUAGAUUCUAUUCGG